GUGGGACUCAGUGUUGUCAUCAAGCGAGCCAGCCACUUCGGAGAUAAAACCAAACUGCUGAUUCAGAGAUUUGUCCCCUUCCCAGCUGUGGCAACUGCCAGUACCUGUAACGUUCUGUUGAUGAGGAACAGUGAGCUGUACGAGGGCAUUGAGGUUGUCGACAAGAACAACAAGGUUGUGGGCACAUCCAGAGUGGCAGCUAAGAAG